AUAUCUCCUCAAUUAUUAUCAGAAACAUUAUGUGGCUACCUUUCUUCUACCUUCAGCUCUCACAUUAUUGCCAACUGGAGUUUCUCGAAGCUUAUAACUCCUCUGUUUCCGACGAAGCAGAUCCCUUGGAGAUGCGUAUUGCAGAUGCAGCUUAUGCAGCUGAAGACACCAUCGAAUCUCAUAUCGUGGCCAGGAUUCAGCUGAGCAGAUCCAGAGAAACCAUUUGCAGCCGCUUCCGCAGCUGCUUUCGAGCUGAGGAAGAGAUGAACUUGUUUCAAGAUGUGCAAAAUUUGAUACAAGAAAUGGAUCAGAUCAAGAGUUUGGCGAUGCAGAGGAAUACAGAGAAGGUGGUGCUCCAUGAUACGCGGCGUAGCUUCGUCUCUGCUUCUUCUUCCACUGGGAAGAACAGUAGUGGCAUGGUGGUGUGGUCUGAGGGUGUCGUGAAUGGAAUCUUGGAAAGGCUCGUUUCGGACCAACGCGAACGCCAAGUCAUCCCGAUCACAGGAAUGGGGGGGAUAGGUAAGACCACUCUUGCCAAAACUGUUUAUUCGAAGAAAAUUGUUGAGCAGCGUUUUGAUGUUUGUGCUUGGGCUACUAUUUCUCAACAAUACAACACAUGGGAAAUUCUUUGUGAACUUGUUUCUCAAGCCACUAAAAAAACCAAGGAACAACUGAGUGAAAAGAGUGAAGAUGGACUAGGAUUAGAGCUCCACCAGUAUUUGUCAGGUAGAAGGUUUUUAAUUGUGAUGGAUGAUAUAUGGAGUAUCGAAGCAUGGGAUAGGAUACAACGUUUCUUUCCCGAAAAUGAAAAUCAUAGUCGGAUAUUAGUGACGACUAGGCUGUCCCACUUGAGUUCCCAGUUGAACAACAACUAUAGCCUUCAAAUGGAAUUUUUAGAUGAGGUUAGAAGCUGGGAACUCUUCUCAAAAACUGUGUUUGGGGUUGGAAGUUGCCCUCAUGAGUUAGAGAAAAUUGGAAAGAAAAUAGUAGAGAAUUGCAGAGGACUUCCUUUAUCAAUUGUUGUAGUGGGGGGUAUUUUGAGAAAUAAGGAACACACUCUAGGAGUUUGGGAAUCAAUUAGGAAGAACUUAGCUUCAGAAGUGAAUUUGGAGAAUGAUAAGCAUUGCUUGAAAUUGUUGAAAAUGAGCUAUAGUCAUUUGCCAGUUUAUUUAAAGCCAUGUUUUUUGUAUAUGGGAGUGUUUGAGGAGGAUGAUUCGGUUAGAGUCUCAACACUCGUGAAGCUAUGGGUUUCUGAAGGAUUUUUAAAACCCAUGAAUGGCAAAAGUUUGGAAACUAUAGCCAUAGAGUUCUUAAAGGACUUGGUUGAUAGAAAUCUCAUUCUAGUUGAUAAAGUGGGGUCUACAGGAAACAUAAAAUUCGUCAAAAUUCAUGAUUUGUUGAGGGAUUUAUGCUUGAACCAGAGCAAGAAAGAUGGGUUCUAUCAUGUGAUAGGGCAAUCUAGUCCUCGAGGUAUGAGUAGCCAAUGCCGCGUUGUUAUACCCAGGAACACGCCAAAGAAGAAAGUCCUUGACGACUUGCAAUCUGUGCCACGUGCUCGUUCCAUUAUCAGUGAAUAUGGGAGCGUCCCGCGUAUUAAGAAUUCUGGGUUGCUUAGAACAUUACAUGCAUACAGCAAGUUUCGUUAUGUUGGAUAUGAAAACUUGAUUAAGUCCCUUGCGUCUCAGUAUGUUAACUUGCGCCACCCUGCUUUUGAAGUUGGUAGCAUGUCCUCGAUCUUUACCUCGUUUACUCGCUUCUGGAAUCUGCUCAUAUUGAUUGUUUCUUGUAUUGGGAAGGAGUUCACUGCACCUAUUGAGAUUUGGAGAAUGCCACAACUUAGGCAUAUUGAAAUGACUGAAGGAGGAUUUUAUCUUCCAGAACCUUCGAGUGAUGAUGUCGUCGUCAUGGAGAAUCUACUGGUGCUUAAGGGAAUAGCAAAUUUCAAGUGCAGUGAAGAGGUGGUUAAAAGAAUUCCCAAUAUCAAAAAAUUGAGGAUAGAGUAUUUUGGGAGACGGGGAAUCGAGCAAGAUGAUUAUUAUUGUCUGAACAAUAUCAAACGUCUGUGUAAAUUGGAAUCCCUCUACAUAUCGUGCUGGUAUGAUUUUAGAGCUUCUCUGUAUGCGCUCAAAUUUCCCCAAAGCCUCAAGAAGUUGACUCUUAACAUGAAAAAUGACUUAGAAUGGGAAAAAAUGUUGGAAAAGAUAGGUGCAUUGCCCCUUCUCGAGAAGUUCAAGUUGUGGAAGGGAUGCUUUGGAACGGGCAAGUGGGAAAUGGUUGAAGGCCAAUUCCCUUCCCUCAAAUACUUGGAAUUGGAUUCGUGUCGCAGUUUGGAGCAUUGGACUGCGGAAUCGAACUCCAUCUUUCCACGCCUUGAGAAGCUUUAUCUUUUCGAGAUGGUAGAGUUGAAGGAGAUCCCGACUCAAAUUGGAGACAUACCGACGCUGCAAAAGAUAUGGAUGGAGUAUUGUGGCGAAUCUGCUGUGAUGUGCGCAAAGGAGAUCGUAGAGGAACAAGUGGAAUUACAAGGGGAAGAUCUUCCAUUUCAUGUUCAAGUUAGGCUUCUGCAUAAGAACGAAGCAAUGCAGAGCUUGGCAGGCCCCAACUUCGAAGUUAUAUGUAAUAACUCUAGUUAGGUUUUAGCACCAUUAAUAUCUCUCUUGCUUUUGUGUGUUUGCUUAUUUUUCUUUUCUUCAAUCAGUACCUGUGACUGUGAGUGUGUGUAUGCGUGAGAAAUGUUGAAGAAGAAGGGGGUGGGUUUGUUUUAAAAAAAUGGAAAUAGGUUUGGGCUUUUAGUUGUGGGCUGAUUUUUUUUAUAAUGCUGUUGGGCUGCAUUAUUUUUUAUUAUAAAGCAUGGGCUGCGAAUUUUAUAUA